AUGGGUCGCAUCGCCACUGGGAGUGAAUCAGGGAAUGAGCACGCUGUUCAAGCAGAUAAAAGUGAAGACAGCACAGCAGGAGAAAGAGAACCUGAAUGUGAAACUCUGCAACUACAUGUACCUGAUGAGAAGGGCUCCGACUCUUCAGCUGGACAGACUGAAGAAAGUAAAGAAGUGACCAGUGAGCAGAGCAGGGACCUGUCCAUUUAUGAAGGAGAUGAGAAGACUGAAGAUGAAACAGAGAGUGAAUCAGGGAAUGAGCACGCUGUUCAAGCAGAUAAAAGUGAAGACAGCACAGCAGGAGAAAGAGAACCUGAACCUGAAACUCUGCAACUACAUGUACCUGAUGAGAAGGGCUCCGACUCUUCAGCUGGACAGACUGAAGAAAGUAAAGAAGUGACCAGUGAGCAGAGCAGAGACCUGUUGUGCUAUUACCCUGCAGGAGAUGAGAAGACUAAAGAUGAAACAGAGAGUGAAUCAGGGAAUGAGCACGCUGUUCAAGCAGAUAAAAGUGAAGACAGCACAGCAGGAGAAAGAGAACCUGAACCUGAAACUCUGCAACUACAUGUACCUGAUGAGAAGGGCUCCGACUCUUCAGCUGGACAGACUGAAGAAAGUAAAGAAGUGACCAGUGAGCAGAGCAGAGACCUGUUGUGCUAUUACCCUGCAGGAGAUGAGAAGACUGAAGAUGAAACAGAGAGUGAAUCAGGGAAUGAGCACGCUGUUCAAGCAGAUAAAAGUGAAGACAGCACAGCAGGAGAAAGAGAACCUGAAUCUGAAACUCUGCAACUACAUGUACCUGAUGAGAAGGGCUCCGACUCUUCAGCUGGACAGACUGAAGAAAGUAAAGAAGUGACCAGUGAGCAGAGCAGGGACCUGUCCAUUUAUGAAGGAGAUGAGAAGACUGAAGAUGAAACAGAGAGUGAAUCAGGGAAUGAGCACGCUGUUCAAGCAGAUAAAAGUGAAGACAGCACAGCAGGAGAAAGAGAACCUGAACCUGAAACUCUGCAACUACAUGUACCUGAUGAGAAGGGCUCCGACUCUUCAGCUGGACAGACUGAAGAAAGUAAAGAAGUGACCAGUGAGCAGAGCAGAGACCUGUUGUGCUAUUACCCUGCAGGAGAUGAGAAGACUGAAGAUGAAACAGAGAGUGAAUCAGGGAAUGAGCACGCUGUUCAAGCAGAUAAAAGUGAAGACAGCACAGCAGGAGAAAGAGAACCUGAAUCUGAAACUCUGCAACUACAUGUACCUGAUGAGAAGGGCUCUGACUCUUCAGCUGGACAGACUGAAGAAAGUAAAGAAGUGACCAGUGAGCAGAGCAGGGACCUGUCCAUUUAUGAAGGAGAUGAGAAGACUGAAGAUGAAACAGAGAGUGAAUCAGGGAAUGAGCACGCUGUUCAAGCAGAUAAAAGUGAAGACAGCACAGCAGGAGAAAGAGAACCUGAAUCUGAAACUCUGCAACUACAUGUACCUGAUGAGAAGGGCUCCGACUCUUCAGCUGGACAGACUGAAGAAAGUAAAGAAGUGACCAGUGAGCAGAGCAGGAACCUGUCCAUUUAUGAAGGAGAUGAGAAGUCUGAAGAUGAAACAGAGAGUGAAUCAGGGAAUGAGCACGCUGUUCAAGCAGAUAAAAGUGAAGACAGCACAGCAGGAGAAAGAGAACCUGAAUCUGAAACUCUGCAACUACAUGUACCUGAUGAGAAGGGCUCCGACUCUUCAGCUGGACAGACUGAAGAAAGUAAAGAAGUGACCAGUGAGCAGAGCAGAGACCUGUUGUGCUAUUACCCUGCAGGAGAUGAGAAGACUGAAGAUGAAACAGAGCAGUUAGUGACAAUUUCUGAAGAAAUCAGCAGGGAGGAGGCGAGUCAAGAAGAAAUUGAGAAACUGCUGGCCAGACUUCACCUUCAAGACAAUCUUCCCCAGUUUACAAAAUUAUUGCCAGCUGAUUUUCUUAAAAUAGGUCCACCUGUGAAACUGCAUCAUGUCACAUCAGAGAAGGAUCGAGGUCACACUUUUCUCAAAAGGCUCAUAAUGUUAGACUACAGGGCCAGAUAUAUUCCAGUAAAAUCUAACAAUCCUGAGGAGACUUAUUCAGAAUUCAGUAAUGUGGAUGAGUUUCUGAACACCAGUGUAGACGCACAGAUGGAACAGACUCACGUGCAUCCAAUGGAUGUUCAGAUGGCAGUAUUUCACUGCUCAGAUAACUUCCUUAAACAGAUGAUGAUUACAAAACUCUCUCAGUGUCAAUAUGCCUUACCUUUGCUUGUUCCUGACCCAAUCACCAAGGAAAUUGAGUGUCCUCUGUGGACAAUGAGACAAAUAACAAAAACCUGGAAAGUAAGCAAAGAUGAGUCACACACUGUCACCCUGAAAAGUAUGCCAAUCUACAAAGCAAAGACACCUUUGGUGUCAUUUUUCCGCCUAGGUUCACAUUCAGUAUCUAAAUCUCAGCUGAUGAACACUUUGAUCAAUGACCGUCACAGCACCUUCUUCCACAGAGACUGCCCAGGAAGCACCAAGUCUCACUGUUUAAUGUAUGGUGUGGCAGAGAUUGCCUGGUACUGUCCUGCUGGAAAACCCAAUGAUGUCUUUAAUGACUGCAUUGCCUUUUGUAAUCUUCAUGGUGAUGCUCUAUCAAUUGAAAAACAACGUGACAUCCUGAUUGAAAAAUCUUCAAUCAAUGUUGUUUUUGUUUCAACUAAACAAAAAGAUGAAAAAAUUACAUCACUUAUGUCAGUCCUUUUCGAAUCUGAAAAGCCUCUAAUUUAUCUCGUUGUUGAUGACGGCUGUUUUGUUUUUGACAAAAAAAGGGGAAAAUACAAAAUCGGCAUCAAAGACAGAAGCCAGUCAGAUGUAUCAGAAAGACUAAAAAAUACAAUUAGAGAAAUUUUAUUUUCUCCAGAUUCCAGCUGGAAAACAACCUUCCAACUUGAAACCAUGGCUGAGCUUCAAGAUAUCAGUGUGGAUGAAAGUGAGCCAGCCUGUAAAGAAGGGAAAUCUGCUGCUAUGAAAAUAGUGGAUUCACUUACAAAAGAUAGCAUGGAUGUUUCAAAGAUAAAAGAUAAAUUGUUCCCUUGUCAAGGUCAACUGUGGCAUCAGUGGAGCAAAAUACACAAAGAACUGUAUCAUCUCAGAGGACACAUUGAAAAUGAGAAAAGUAAAAAGCAACAGGCACUGAAGAACAUACGGAAAAAACAAUGUGCUGCUUCCUGUAGUGAGCUGAUGGAGUUGUUUAUUGGAUGCCUCUCAUCUUUGCCACCAACAAAAAAGAAAUAUUUCCUGAAAUGGACUCAGAUCUUUAUAGAUGCCCUCGCCACAAAUGAUGUUUCUUUAAUUCUCCAAAGCUAUGACGAAACAUGGUCUGAGGUCUUGACUUUGAAGAACAAACAUGACAAAUCAGAUUUAUUAUUGAGAAAACAAACCGAGCUUGAAAAAAUAUCCAAAAAACUGCAUUCUGCAACUUUUGGUUUGGAGCACAUCUUCAGAGAAAUGGGACAGAUCUAUGAAGCCCAUAGAGCAAUACAAAGAGAAGACAGACACAGUGACUGGUCUAAAUACCCUGAAGUGGCUGCACAGCUGAUGAUAUCUGGACACCCACUGGAGCUGAUGGAUGGUGAUGCAGGUCAUGUGCCUUUAACAUGGAUCUCCAGUGUUUUAGAGGAAGUCAUCAAGGAACUAGGGGACCAGAGAGUUUUUGUGUUGUCUGUCUUGGGUGUACAAAGCAGUGGAAAGUCAACAAUGCUGAACACCAUGUUUGGAUUGCAGUUUGCAGUGAGUGCUGGUAGGUGCACCAAAGGUGCCUUCAUGCAGCUGCUCAAAGUAUCAGAAGAGAUCAAGAAAGACUAUAAAUUUGACUAUGUUCUAGUGGUGGACACUGAAGGACUGCGUGCUCUUGAGCUGGAAGGUAACAACACUCGUCACCAUGACAAUGAACUGGCAACAUUUGUUGUUGGUCUGGGAAACUUGACAUUGAUCAACAUAUUUGGAGAGAAUCCAUCUGAGAUGCAAGACAUUCUGCAGAUUGUUGUUCAGGCUUUCAUGAGGAUGAAAAAAGUUAAACUUUCUCCCAGCUGUGUGUUUGUUCACCAGAAUGUUACAGAUGUUGCAGCAGCAGAGAAAAACAUGGAUGGAAAGAGACGCCUGCAGGACAAACUGGACAAGAUGGCCAAACUUGCAGCCAAAGAGGAGGUUUGUAAUGCAGACUGCUUCAGUGAUGUCAUUGAAUUUGACAUACAGAAAGAUGUGAAAUAUUGUGCCCAACUAUGGGAGGGCAGUCCACCAAUGGCUCCUCCAAAUCCAGGUUACAGUGAGAGCAUCCAAGAACUGAAGAAUGUCAUUCUCACUAAAGCUUCAAAGUAUGCUGGGAUCACUCUGUCACAGUUCAAAACCAAAAUUCAGGACCUAUGGAAUGCCCUUCUGAAUGAAAAUUUUGUUUUCAGUUUUAAAAACACACUUGAAAUUGCUGUAUACAGAAAACUUGAGGUCCAGUAUGGGAACUGGACUUGGACUCUGAGGAGCAGAAUGUUGACCAUUGAAAGCCAACUUCACAACAGAAUUGAAAAUGGAAAACUCGACAGUGUGGAGGUGAGUUAUCUUAACAAAGAAACAAACAAAACAUAUGACGGAAUCAAAAAAGAAAUGAAAAACCACUUUGAAGAUGACACAGAAAAAGAAAUUUUGGCUCAGUGGAGAGGCCGAUUUGAAAUCAAAAUCAAGGAGUUUCGUGAGGAACAGGUGAGCAAAGUCAAAAGAAAACUGGAUGAAGUUAUCCAGCAGAAGAAGGCUCGCAAAAAGCUAGAUGAUAAGAAGCCAGAGUUUGAGAACAAGCUGCUACAAAAGAGCAAAGAGCUCGCUCAGCAGCUGAAAGAUAAGGCCAAAGAUGAAGAGGAGCUUCAAAAACAGUUCAACUCUGUUUGGCGAGGCUGGGUUACUGAAAUAGCAACAGAUCAAAAGCCUGUUCAGGACAUUAACUUGGAAGAAGAUCAAUAUACUCUACUUCAAGAACUUGGUUUUGAGCAGGCUCUUAUAGAUUAUUGCAAAAUAGGUGGCAGAUAUAAGAAAUUGUUAGAGACAGGUGAUUAUUCAGAAUAUGUAUCACUCCCCAAGAACCAGGAUCUCUGUGAAACAAAACAUAUACAGCAUAAACGUCUUAGCACUUUGCCAUAUGAAGAACAACAGCAGAUUGUAUGCCUGACCGAAAAAGCUGAGAAAGAGUCACUUCAUGCAGUCAGAAGUAAACCUAUAGCUGCAAGAGGUUACACAUCAACUUACUUGCAAGAAGUGGCCAAGAACAUAAAAGAAGAAGUUGAGAAAUUUCAGUCAAAGAGAAAUUAUUCCUUGAAAAAGGAGUUUACAGUUGAUCUCUUACUGUAUGUCUUUGACAGUGUUGAGAGUUGGCUCCUAGAGUCCCAGAGGAAAUUCAAAAUUAACAACGACGCACUCACUUAUUUAGAAAGCAAGAAAACUCAGUAUUACAACAUUUUCAGAAGCUUUUGUAAAGGAAACUCAUCUGCUGUUGUGCUUGGAGAACUGGUCUGUGAAAAGCUGAAAGUAUCCACUGUUGAGGCUGUCUGUAACAAGACUGCCAUUAGUCUUGCUGGAGAAAUGAGGUGUAAUUUACCAGCAUUCAGUGAGAACAGGUUAAACUUGGAGAAAUAUUUGUUGAAGUCACUUGCUGAGAAAGAGGACUUUGAUGAUUUCAGGACCUACAUCAGAAAUCCAAGGAGAAAAACAGAAGCCUUUAUAAAGGCAGAAGUAGAGAAAUACAUUUUCAAGGAUCACAAAGAUAAAGCUGUGAAUAUACUGCAGAAAAAUGUUGAGGACAUCAACAAACUUGUGGAACAAGCUUUAUUUACUGCAACGAAGAAAGUCAAAACCCAGAGUGGAGAUAUAAACAUGUGGCUGCAGGAAUUUUCUAUUCUGCUAAAAGAUGAGCUAACAUUUGAUACUCCCAUUUGUUCUGAGAACUUUAGCGACACAAACUUUGUUCAGUUUUUCACAGAAGAGAUAAAGAAAGGCUUUAGAUCCAUCACUGAGCAGAUGAAGAGCCUCUCAUUGGAUAAACUGAAAGAAUCCAGGCAGAAGCCUGAAGAAAUCCUCAUUGAGCAGCUUUGCAAGUGCUGCUGGGUAACAUGUCCAUUCUGUGCAGCUGUUUGUACAAACACCAUUGAAGAUCACAGUCCUGAUGACCACGCCGUUCCCUUCCAUCGAGCUGCUGGGAUUAAUGGAAUGCACUGGAAAGACACUGUAGAGUUCGACAUUGAUUUCUGCACAACAAAUGUUGCAAGUGAUUUCAUGUUUAACUCUUGUCAUGCUCCAGAAGAAUGGUUUCCCUAUAAAGAGUACAGAAAAGCUGGUCCAAAGUAUGCUAACUGGAAAAUCACUCCUGAUGAGUCUAAACUGGCAUACUGGAAAUGGUUUGCGUGUACAUUUAAGGAACAACUAGAAAAGCACUAUAACUUAACAUUUGAGGGCAGAGGAGAGAUUCCCAGUGAUUGGAAAGAUAUCACUAAAAAAGAAGCCAUUAAGAGUCUGAAUGAAAUGUGUGAGUGAGUCAAAGAAAGCAACACUGCUGAAAAUUAGCUAUUGUUUAGUUUUCAUAUUAUAACUCAUUAAUCAAUGGCUAACAAAACAAGAUUCAUGUUAAUUUUAUUGGUUUUGUACCUGAAUGUUUUUUUGUGACAUGAAUAAUGAAAGUCAGUAAAUUUACAUGAAUAAAGGGAUUAGACUUUGACUGUAUUUCAUGUUAAGAAAAAGUAUUAUUCUACUUUAUAUUAUUUUAAAAUCCAUGUACAAAUAUAGAGUUAAUAUUUUUUGUUAAUAUUGAAUACUUGUUAGAGAUUUAAUUAAAUUGAAAUAUUAAAGCCAAAUGUCAUUGUUUUUAAAAUUUUUAUUGUUCUAAAUUUGCAGUGAAUGUUUAUUUUGAAAAAAAUUCACACAUAUAAAAUGGGAUUCUUUGUGUUUUUGUUACUUGAACUGUUUGACUAUGUGAUGCCAGUAUCAUUUAAACCAGUUACCGUAUCCACAUUGAGUUUGAUUUUUUUAUUUUUUGUCCUUUUGUUUUAUCUAUGCUCAUAUCGUGAUUUGAUUUUAAUGUAGUUUUCAUCAUCUUAUUAG